AUGUCAGUCUCUAAUUCCUCUGUCAUAGAAGUCGCCACCUUCCUUCUGAUUGGGAUCCCAGGGCUGGAGCAUGUUCAUAUUUGGCUCUCUAUCCCAAUUUGCCUCGUGUACUUUGUGGCCAUCACGGGGAACUGCACCAUCCUCUUUCUCAUAAAGACCGAGACCUCUCUGCAUGAGCCUAUGUACUAUUUCCUUUCAAUUCUGGCAUUUUCUGACCUAGGACUAUCCAUUUCUUCCCUUCCAACCAUGCUGAGAAUAUUCUUGUUCAACACCACAGAGAUUUCCCCAGAUGCCUGUUUUGCUCAAGAGUUUUUCAUUCAUGGGUUCUCAGCUAUGGAGUCAUCGGUGCUUUUCAUCAUGUCCAUUGAUCACUUUAUAGCUGUUUACAAUCCUUUGAGAUACACCUCCAUCCUUACAGGCAGCAGGGUCUUUAAAGCUGGCCUAAUAUUUGCCACAUUGAGUAUUGCAGUUGUUCUGCCAUUUCCCUUUAUACUAAAGAGACUGGAAUUCUGUAAGAAAAGUCUGUUAUCUCAUUCCUACUGCCUUCACCAAGAUGUCAUGAAGGUAGCUUGUUCUGACAACAGGAUCAAUAUGAUCUACGGAUUUUUUGUGGCUGUUUUGUCUUUGUUGUACUUGAUGUGCAUUUCUGUGUCCUACAUCCUGAUCUUUAAAAUUGUCCUGGGCAUCACUUCACACAAAGGUCGUCUCAAGUUCUUUAACACUUGCAUCUCUCAUAUCUGUGCUGUGUUCAUCUUCUACGUACCCAUCGUCACCUUGGUGGCUCUUCACCGUUUUGCUAAAAACAUUUCUCCAGUUAUUGGAGUCAUAAUAGCUGAUAUCUUCCUUCUGGCUCCACCACUGAUGAAUCCCAUUGUAUAUUCUGUGAAGAGUCAGCAGAUUAGAAAUCUGAUCCAAACAAAAUUAUGUGACAUACGUCAUUGGUGGGAAAUUCCAGCUUCUAUGAAAGCCUGGGUUACAUCACUAUAUCUGAAUACUGGCAGACAUUGA